AACUUAGAUGAUCUCCCAGAUAGAGCUUGCCACCCGGACUACGUGAAUAAACAAACAACAAAGAAAGUGACACCACAAAGUAAAAUUGCUGCUGCAAAAUGUUCUCUGAGUACGACUAAGCAAACAAACACCAAGAGAAGGAAAUUCAUACGUUCAUCCUGUUCACUUGACUUUAAUUCAGAUGAAUCUAAAUUUGACAUAAUGCAAAAAGAAUUACAAGAGCUCAAAGAAAAGCUAGAGAACAAAACCGAAGAGGCAAACAGACUGUCUCAGCAAGUGAAAGACCUCACUGAAAAAAAUGACAGUCUAAGCAAGCAGAUUGCACAAUUUAAAGGGAAGAUGAAAGACUUGACAUUUUCAUAUGAAUGUCUCAUGUUACGACCCAAAAGAUUUUCUUACAUGAGUGGAUUAACUGUUGAUGAUUUUAAUUGUGUUUUGGAAUGCAUCGAGCCAUAUAUUUCUGUAAUAAUUUAUCCUGAUUGCAAAACUAACCAAGAUGGGCAAAGAAAACUCACAAAGAGAACUGAAUUGUUGUGUUAUUUUACAACAUGCCGUCAUACAUUGCACCUUGGAGUCAUGGCUUUCCUCAUGAACACAAGUGAUUCAACUAUAUCCCGUAUUUUUUCUGCAUGGUCAAUAUUUCUUUCAACUCUUUCUGACUCUAUUGACCUCAGUCCAUACCCAGGGGAAGUUAUUUCAUUGUUACCCAAAGAGUUUUGGUCUUCUGGUUUUCAGGACACUGUACUAUUAGGGGACUGUACAGAAAACUGGAUCUCAUCACCUGAAAACUAUGAUGUGAGUAGUGCAACAUUUAGUAAUUACAAGAACCAUGACACUGGUAAGACAGGCAUAUGGAUGACUCCAUAUGGUGGCUUAGUGAUGUGUACAGAUACCUAUCCUGGAGGAAUAACAGACAAUGAAUUAACUGAACAAUGUGGAGUUUUAGAUAUGGUAAAAGAGAAGGGUACCACUGUACUCACUGACAAGGGGUUUGGCAUCGAAGACUUAUGCCAUCCUCAGUAUGAUGAAAGUGAGAUUAGCAAAAAUUUUGAUGUUGCUACACUGCGCAGUUAUAAUGAAAACUUUAUUGGCCGUAUGAGAGACUGGUCAAUCUUAAAUGCAUGCUGGCCAAAGAAUAGAUGUGACCUUCUGGGUUGCACCUAUAAGGUAUUUGCUCACAUCGUCAAUAUGCUAUUUGACCCUAUUGCACCAAAGGAA